CAACAAUUGCAGUACAAAAUGUCAUCUCCAGCAAUAAUUGAAACAGUGUGGAAUGCAACGACAAAAUGCAUCAUCAUUGAGGAUGUUAAUUCGGUGAGCGCCUCUCCCGAACUAACGCCGAAUAGCGACACAAAAAAACAUAAGAUCAACACCACCACCACCAUUCAAGAAACGCAUGGUUAGCUUUCAGAGAGAGUUGACGCUAGGUAUACCUGCUCAACCUAGCUGUCGGAGAGACUUGAAGCUUGGUAUACCCCCUCAUCCAAUGACACUAGAUGGUGUAGUACACUUUCAUCUGACUUUGGAAGAUGCAGCGCGUCCAUCUGGAUGUAUCGUCAAUCCGAUUCAACCUGAAUGGCCACAAAUGCUCAAGAUUUCGAACGGGUCCUGCUUGCAGGAAAUAUUCAUAUACACGCAGGGAGAUCACGUUGUAAUUCGAACAUUUAAACUUAAACUUAUCGUUGUGAACAAGGUGAAGCGGGUAGGCUGUAUGCCUUACAGCUCGAAGUUUGCACGACUACCUCGACAGGAGUUUGACUACAUGAUCACCUGCUGCACAGAAAGAGGAAUUCGGGAGUAUAUGCGUGCCAUUCAAGAUGAUUUGGCCGUUCCAAACCAGGCACUGGCUACACCUUUGAAUGCACCGCAUCACCUAGGACUGGGAUACGAGUUCAAAGUGCAUUCUGAUAUAAACCUUUUCGAAGUAACAUCGACUUACCACGACCGGGUAAAACAAAAAUUUACCCAACUUUGGUCAGUGUACCUCAAUUUCGAGGAGAUGGAGGAUGUAUUGAAAAACAUACACAGUCUUAUUCCUCCCUUAGCUAUAGAGGACAUGAAUUGUAUAGCCACGUUACAUGGUGAUCAUAUGAACCAGGAGGGUAUGUGGGCUUGUAACGUGUGCCAAUAUCUCUCUCCAUGUGAUAACCUGCUUGACAAUUAGAUACACUUUUUAUCUUUAAAUUGUGUUGUACUAGCUAAAGCAUUCAUUGCAGACAACAUAAUUACAUCAAUGGGAAAUCACACAAAACAUUUCUCUGUCUAUUGUUAUUUUGUAUUCAAUUUUUAAUAAAUGAUUCAAUUAUUAUCCCAUCGAACGAAGUUCGGAGGGAUAUAGGGAACGCCUCCGUCCGUCCGUCCGUCCGUCCGUUCGUCCGUCCGUCCGUCCGUCCGUCCGUCCGUCCGUACGUCCGUCCAUAUCCAUACAUCCUUCCAUACGUCAGUCCGUCCGUCUGUCCGUCCGUCCGGGUGAUAACUCAAAUACCGUUGGCCCGAUUUUGUUCAUAUUUUGUACAAAUAUGCCCUAUGGCGAUAGAAGUUCUACUCGAAAGCCGAUUUUCAAAAUGGCCACUCGUUUCAAAAUGGCGGCCAUUUCAAUGCCGAUUUUACAGUAAUUUAGGUACAAUAUAUAAAACUGUAAUAGCAAUGUGUUUUAAAUGUAAAGAAGUUACAAAGGACAUAAUAAAGCU